UGAACCAGGCGCCCCAUUCUCUCUCUCUUUCUCUGUCUCUCUUUCUCUCUCUCAUACAGUAAUAUAUGAACAACCAAAUAAAAAUCUAGCUAGCUAGUUCUUUGGCAUUUUCUCCUAACCCUACAUUGAAAUUUCUCUUGACAUGUUAUAAAUGCAUAGCAAUAAUAUCUACAUGCUUCUCAACACCGGCAGCAUCAUCACCACCAUCUCCAACGCCAACUUUCCACCACCCUCCUUUUCUCUUCCUUUCUACUCUCUUCCAUUCUCUUCCCUCCCUCACAAGACUCGACUCCAUUCCUCAAGUCGUAAAUGCCCACAAACCCUGUAAGCUACCAUCCUCCACGAGCUUGGUCUUGGGAGUCACCCAUGAAUCCUCACCACCACGACCAAGUAGAGCAGGAGGAAGCCCAGGAUGAGAGGGAGCUCAUGUUCGAGAAGCCCCUCACCCCGAGCGAUGUAGGCAAGCUCAACAGGCUAGUCAUUCCCAAACAGCACGCCGAGAAGUACUUCCCCCUCGAUGGGGACUCGGGCGAGAAGGGCCUGCUUCUGAGCUUCGAGGACGAAUCGGGCAAGUCAUGGCGGUUCCGCUACUCCUACUGGACCAGCAGCCAGAGCUAUGUACUCACCAAGGGCUGGAGCCGCUUCGUGAAGGAGAAACAGCUUGACGCCGGCGACGUGGUUCUCUUCGAGCGCCUGCGGGCUGGCGGUGACCGCCUCUACAUCGGUUGCCGGCGCCGCGGUGCUCCCGAGGCCACGCCGGCCCGCGCCGUGAUCAGGCCCAAUGCUGCACUACCCUGGAGUCCAGCGUACUACACCACAGCGGCGACUUCCUACUUGUACGUUAGCUCAGUGCAGGCAGUGCAGCAGGACUGUCUUCUUCAUGCAGGUGAUCAAGUGGAGGAAGAAGUCCAGAAAGCCGCCCCAUCACCGGCACCGGCCAACUCGAAGCGGCUGAGAUUGUUUGGCGUGAAUUUGGACUGCGGACCGGACCGGCCGGAGCCACAGCCGGUGCAACCGGCACCAUGGUUCAUGGGCCAGAGCCCCGAUGCCUCCAGCUCCCAACUAUAGUAGACCAGAACUUGGAUGGGCUCUCAGUCUCAGAUGCAAGCCAAAAAAAUGUUGGUGGAAGGAGAUGAAUUCGGUGGAGAGAGAGAGAGAGGAGAUCUGAGGCCAUGUUCUCAAAUCCCACCCACCAACGCAUCCUCUACCAGGGGUGCUUUGAUUGACUUGUGAUGGAACCGCAGGAAGGGAUGGAAGAGAAAAGAAGAGCUGGGAGGAAAAAAACAAAGGAGGGAUGGGAGGGCGUGGAAAAGAAAUCCCUGGUUUUCCGGGCAAUCUCCACUCCCUUUUUAUUUUCUUUCAGAAAUUCCACUGUACGGCCCCUGUCGGGGGAUGGGGCAAGGUCUCAGGAAACAUCAGCUUGAAAAGCAGUAGAUCUGAGGUGGGGCCCGAUAACACGACCCACGCCAACUCUUUCUUAACUUGUAAUAUUUUUGAAGGGGCAAAAAAAAAGGAAAUCCAAUGAGAUUUUUGUUC